UUAUGGGGAGAGCGGAAUGGACGCUUUCAAAGAGUUGGCUGCCCAGGAAGGCCUCUGCAUCGCCCAUUCUGACAAAAUCUACAGCAAUGCUGGGGAGAAGAGCUUUGAUCGACUCUUGCGCAAACUCCGAGAGAGGCUUCCCAAGGCCAGAGUGGUGGUCUGCUUCUGCGAAGGCAUGACAGUGCGAGGACUCCUGAGCGCCAUGCGGCGCCUUGGUGUCGUGGGCGAGUUCUCACUCAUUGGAAGUGAUGGAUGGGCAGACAGAGAUGAAGUCAUUGAAGGUUAUGAGGUGGAAGCCAACGGGGGAAUCACGAUAAAGCUGCAGUCUCCGGAGGUCAGGUCAUUCGAUGAUUAUUUCCUGAAACUGAGGCUGGACACUAACACAAGGAAUCCCUGGUUCCCUGAGUUCUGGCAACAUCGGUUCCAGUGCCGCCUUCCAGGACACCUUCUGGAAAAUCCCAACUUUAAACGAAUCUGCACAGGCAAUGAAAGCUUAGAAGAAAACUAUGUCCAGGACAGUAAGAUGGGGUUUGUCAUCAAUGCCAUCUAUGCCAUGGCACAUGGGCUGCAGAACAUGCACCAUGCCCUCUGCCCUGGCCACGUGGGCCUCUGCGAUGCCAUGAAGCCCAUCGACGGCAGCAAGCUCCUGGACUUCCUCAUCAAGUCCUCAUUCAUCGGCGUAUCUGGAGAGGAGGUGUGGUUUGAUGAGAAAGGAGAUGCUCCUGGAAGGUAUGAUAUCAUGAAUCUGCAGUACACUGAAGCUAAUCGCUAUGACUAUGUUCACGUUGGAACCUGGCAUGAAGGAGUGCUGAACAUUGAUGAUUACAAAAUCCAGAUGAACAAGAGUGGAAUGGUGCGGUCUGUGUGCAGUGAGCCUUGCUUAAAAGGUCAGAUUAAGGUUAUACGGAAGGGAGAAGUGAGUUGCUGUUGGAUUUGCACGGCCUGCAAAGAGAACGAAUAUGUGCAAGAUGAGUUCACCUGCAAAGCUUGUGACUUGGGAUGGUGGCCCAAUGCAGAUCUAACAGGCUGUGAGCCCAUUCCUGUCCGCUAUCUUGAGUGGAGCAACAUCGAAUCCAUCAUAGCCAUCGCCUUCUCAUGCCUGGGAAUCCUUGUUACCUUGUUUGUCACCCUAAUCUUUGUACUGUACCGGGACACACCAGUGGUCAAAUCCUCCAGUCGGGAGCUCUGCUACAUCAUUCUAGCUGGCAUCUUCCUUGGUUAUGUGUGCCCAUUCACUCUCAUUGCCAAACCUACUACCACUUCCUGCUACCUCCAGCGCCUCUUGGUUGGCCUCUCCUCUGCGAUGUGCUACUCUGCUUUAGUGACUAAAACCAAUCGCAUUGCACGCAUCCUGGCUGGCAGCAAGAAGAAGAUCUGCACCCGGAAGCCCAGGUUCAUGAGUGCCUGGGCUCAGGUGAUCAUUGCCUCAAUUCUGAUUAGUGUGCAACUUACCCUGGUGGUAACCCUGAUCAUCAUGGAGCCCCCUAUGCCCAUUCUAUCCUACCCAAGUAUCAAGGAAGUCUACCUUAUCUGCAAUACCAGCAACCUGGGUGUGGUGGCACCUUUGGGCUACAAUGGACUGCUCAUCAUGAGCUGUACCUACUAUGCCUUCAAGACCCGCAACGUGCCCGCCAACUUCAAUGAGGCCAAAUAUAUCGCCUUCACCAUGUACACCACCUGUAUCAUCUGGCUAGCUUUUGUGCCCAUUUACUUUGGGAGCAACUACAAGAUCAUCACAACUUGCUUUGCAGUGAGUCUCAGUGUAACAGUGGCUCUGGGGUGCAUGUUCACUCCCAAGAUGUACAUCAUUAUUGCCAAGCCUGAGAGGAAUGUCCGCAGUGCCUUCACCACCUCUGAUGUUGUCCGCAUGCAUGUUGGCGAUGGCAAGCUGCCCUGCCGCUCCAACACUUUCCUCAACAUCUUCCGAAGAAAGAAGGCAGGGACAGGGAAUGCCAAUUCUAAUGGCAAGUCUGUGUCAUGGUCUGAACCAGGUGGAGGACAGGUGUCCAAGGGACAGCACAUGUGGCAGCGCCUCUCUGUGCACGUGAAGACUAAUGAGACGGCCUGCAACCAAACAGCCGUCAUCAAGCCCCUCACUAAAAGUUACCAAGGCUCUGGCAAGAGCCUUACCUUUUCAGAUACCAGCACCAAGACCCUUUACAACGUAGAGGAGGAGGAGGAUGCCCAGCCGGUUCGCUUUAGCCCUCCUGGCAGCCCUUCCAUGGUGGUGCACAGGCGCGUGCCAAGCACGGCGACCACUCCGCCUCUGCCGCCCCACCUGACCUCAGAGGAGACUCCCCUCUUCCUGGCUGACCCAGCCCCCUCCAAGGGCUUGCCCCCUCUUCUCCAGCAGCAGCAGCAGCAGCCCCCUCCACAGCAGAAAUCGCUGAUGGACCAGCUCCAGGGAGUGGUCAGCAACUUCAGCACUGCGAUCCCGGAUUUUCACGCGGUGCUGGCAGGCCCCGGGGGUCCCGGGAACGGGCUGCGGUCCCUGUACCAGCCCCCGCCACCCCCGCAGCACCUGCAGAUGCUGCCACUGCAGCUGAGCACCUUCGAGGAGGAGCUGGUCUCCCCGCCCGCGGACGACGACGACGACAGCGAGAGGUUUAAGCUCCUUCAGGAGUACGUGUAUGAGCACGAGCGGGAAGGGAACACGGAAGAAGACGAACUGGAAGAGGAGGAGGAGGACCUGCAGGCGGCCAGCAAACUGACCCCGGAGGAUUCGCCUGCGCUGACGCCUCCGUCGCCUUUUCGCGACUCGGUGGCCUCGGGCAGCUCGGUGCCCAGCUCCCCCGUGUCCGAGUCGGUGCUCUGCACCCCUCCCAACGUGUCCUACGCCUCCGUCAUUCUGCGGGACUACAAGCAAAGCUCUUCCACCCUGUAGGGGGGAAGGGUCCACGUAGAAAAGCAAGACAAGCCAGAGAGCUCCUACACCUCCAGAGAUGUGCGAACAGCUGCGGGGAGAAACCUGGGAGUGGGGGACCUCGCCGGGAGGAGAGGAGGAGACCGCUGCUGCUGCUGCCGCCUUAAGUAGGAAGAGAGGGAAGGACACCAAGCAAAAAAUGCUCCAGGUCAGGAUUCGGAUUCUUGAAUUACUCAAAGCCUUCUCUGGGAAGAAAGGGAAUUCUGACAAAGCACAAUUCCGUAUGGUAUAUAACUUUUAUCACAAAUCAAUAAAUAAUGACAUCACAAACAUAAUCUCCUCUUUUGCACAAUUGUGCAUAGAUAUAUAUAUGCCCACACACACUGGGCCAUGCUUGCUAAGGAACAGCCUACGUGGACAUGCCAGUCGGAUCAUGAGUUCACCUGAUGGCAUUCGGAGUGAGUUGGUGGAGCCGGACAGAGCAGGUGCGCGGAGGGGAAGGGCCAGGCCAGACCCAUCCCAAACGGAUGAUGGGAUGAUGGGACAGCAGCUCCUUGCUCAGAAACCCUUCUCUCCGCUGGGCUGACUAGACUCCUCAUCUUCAGGAGACUCAGGAACGGAGCCGCACAGGGGUCUCUCUUCAUCCACCGCAACCCAUCCAGUGCCAGCUUUGAGACUGCACUUGAAGAAAGGUGCAUGAACCCCCUGCUGCUCUGCGGACGUCCUUUAUUUAGGAAAACAGGAAUAAGAGCAAAAUUAUCACCAAAAAGUGCUUCAUCAGGCGUGCUACAGGAGGAAGGAGCUAGAAAUAGGACAAUCCAUCAGCAUGGGACUUUGGGAAAAAAAACAACAACACAUGAUCAGCUUCUCAUGUUCCAUAUUCACUUAUUGGCGAUUUGGGGAAAAGGCCAGAAGAAGAGAUUAUUUCGAGAGUGGCGGGAACCCUUUUGUGGAUUAACUUGUGUUUGUGCCAAGCGGGCUUUCCAUUGACCUUCAGUUAAAGAACAAACCAUGUGGCAAAAUUGUUACCCUUCCACUUACUGUAGCAAAUAAUACCUACCAGUUGAACUUCUAAGAUGCGUAUAUGUACAAUUUGGUGCCAUUAUUUCUCCUAAGUAUUACAGAAACAAAUCCAUCUUUGAAUCUAAUGGUGUACUCAUAGCAACUAUUACUGGUUUAAAUGACAAAUAAUUCUAUCCUAUUGUCACUGAAGUCCUUGUAACUAGCGGGUGAAUGUGUUCCUGUGUUCUUGUAUAUGUGCGAUCGUAAAAUUUGUGCAAUGUAAUGUCAAAUGUCAACCUAGUAGUCAAUCUAACUGCAAUUAGAAAUUGUGUUUUGAAUAUACUAUAUAUAUUUUUUAUGUUCCAAUAAUGUUUUAUACAUCAUUGUCAUCAAUAUCCACAGAAGCUCUUUGAAGGUUUGAAUACUAUAGCUCAAUGUUUUCAUAUGCGACUUGGAUGGACAUUUUUCUUCUAAGAUGGAACUUAUUUUUCAGAUAUUUUCUGAUGUGGCGACAUGUUAUUAAUGAAGUGGUUUGAAAAUUUGUUAUAUUAAAAGUGCACAAAAACUGAGAGUGAAAAUAAACGGUACAUUUUAUAAGCUUGCACACAUUAUUAAAACAUAAGAUUGAACAAAGCAUUUAGAUUAUUCCAGGUUAUAUUAGGUUUUUUUAAAAGAUUUUCCACAGCUACUUGAGCGUCUAACAUACAGUAACAUCUAACUCAGCUCAUAAUUUGUAAAAUCUUUAUCAAUCACAUUUUGCCUUCUUUUAAUUUUUAUGUUCAUGGACUUUUAUCCUGUGUCUUUGCUGUCAUAACUUUUUGUUUCUGUUAUUUGCUGUUGUGUAAUAUCCAUUGACAUGUAAUCCACUUAUUCCAUCUUUACCAUCCCUGUUUACCCCCAAUAAAAGGAUUUUUCUUGCUGUUUUGAUUUCUUCUAUUAUUUGUGGAAUGAAUUCAAACCCCCUUAAAUAUCUUUGUUUAUGCCUUAUGUUCAGUCAUAUUUUAAUAUGCUUCCUUCAUAUUGAAGCUUCUGAUUUCUCAGCCAAAAAUCAUCUUAGAAUCUUUAAAUAUCCAGUGCAUCAUUUGUUCAGAAUUUAACAUCCACUCCAAUGUUGGAGGAUUGUAUUUCUUAUACUUCUACUGCCAAGUUUAGUCAGUUCCACACCAAAAAUGAACUGCAUUUCCUUUAAAAAUUAUUUUAAAACACCUUUAUUGUAAAGAUCUCAUGACUGAGAUGUGGACUUCGGUUCCAUGUUUUCAUUGUAAGAAAGCAGACAGAGGAAAAUCAAUGGCUCCAGUGAUUAAUAGAUGGGUUUUUAGUAAUUGACAAAUUCAUGAGGGAAAGCAUAUGAUCUCUAUUAGUGAAUCAUAUUUAUUUUUUACUCUUAAUGCCACUAAAAUACAUCUCUAAUAUCACAGGGCUUGUGCAUUCAGAUUUUGUAAAAAUUAGAAUAGAUAAGGAAAACAACUUAUAUUCAAGUAUAAGAUGAUAUUAGGUUGGUCUAAGACAUUUGGUGAACAUGUUCAUUCAACUGUGAUCACUUUAUUACUCUGAAUGCCUAUGAUUAUUGUGAUUACGGGGUCUCCUGAAUAAAUAGAGUAUUAGUCCUUAUGUCAUCAUUGUUCAAAAUUGGAGACGUACACAAACAUACCCUAGACCAAGAGGGCCAAAACUCUUCACCUUAAUGUAUGUGCUGAUACAAGUUGUUCAGCUUCUUGUAAACGUGUUUUCCUUUGGCUUGUUACUGCCUUUUGUCAAAUAAUCUUGAUAAAGCUGUAUAAUAAAUAUUUUCUAUGUAUU